GCUUUCGCCGAAUAUAUCUACCACCCUCCUGUUCUUCCCCACACGGUUUCCUUUUUAAUCAUUCUUGACAGAACGAAGAAAGCUGGGUUUUGAGAGAAAAGGAAUAGGAAAGAAAAAGAUUGACAAGAUGGUUUCCACGACUGCACUGUUAUUCCGCACUGCGCGGGGCUUCUCGAGGGAUGGCAACAAGCAAUCCCUCCGCCUCGUCGCGCGCACCUUCGCGUCCUCCUCCCGUCGCUACGAAAUCAACAAAGUCUUCCCGUCGGUCAGCGAAGCGAUCAAAGACAUGAAGUCGGGCUCCACACUCCUGUCCGGCGGCUUCGGACUAUGCGGAGUACCCGACACACUCAUCAACGAGCUCGAGAAGAACCCUCACAUCAAGGACCUGACGUGCGUCUCCAACAACGCGGGCGUCGACGGCGGCGGUCUCGGCAAGCUUCUCGCCUCCGGCCAGGUCAAGAAGAUGAUCGCCUCGUACGUCGGCGAGAACAAGACGUUCGAGCGGAAAUACCUGACGGGGGAGAUCGAGCUUGAGCUCACGCCGCAGGGCACGCUGGCGGAGCGCUGUCGCGCCGGCGGCGCGGGAGUCCCCGCGUUCUAUACCCCCGCUGCAUACGGCACGUGGGUGCAGACCGGCGAGCUGCCGACGAAGUACAACAGCGACGGGACGGUGGCGCAGUUCUCGAAGCCGCGGGAGGUCCGCGAGUUCGCGGGCAAGAGCUAUAUCCUCGAGGAGGCGAUCCGCGGCGACUACGCGUUCGUCAAGGCGUGGAAGGCGGACCCGCUGGGGAACUGCCAGUUCCGGUACUCGGGCGCGAACUUUAAUGGCGCGAUGGGACGCAACGCUGCGGUCACCAUCGUCGAGGCGGAGGAAAUCGUCCCCGCGGGCGGUAUCGACCCCUCGAGCGUACACCUCCCCGGUAUCUACGUCACCCGUGUGGUGCAGUCUACCACCGAGAAGGGCAUCGAGAAGCGCGUGUACGCCAAGGACCCGGUGGAGGCGGCGGCCUCCGCGCUCGGCUCGGGCGAGACCGCGAACAAGCGUGAGCGCAUCGUGAAGCGUGCCGCGAAGGAGUUCAAGAAUGGCAUGUACGCGAACCUGGGCAUCGGCAUGCCCAUGCUCGCGCCGUCGUUCGUCGACCCGUCCGUCGAGGUGCAGCUGCAGUCCGAGAACGGAAUCCUGGGCCUCGGCCCCUACCCGCAGAAGGGACAGGAGGAUCCAGACCUCAUCAACGCCGGCAAGGAGACCGUCACCCUCAACCCUGGCGCCUCCAUCUUCGGCUCUGAGGAGUCGUUCGGCAUGAUCCGCAGCGGCCGCAUCGACCUCACCAUCCUGGGAGCUAUGCAGGUUAACCAGUUCGGUGACCUCGCCUCGUGGGCACUGCCCGGAAAGAUAAAGGGCAUGGGAGGAGCAAUGGACCUCGUAUCCAACCCGGAGAAGACCAAGGUCGUCGUCACCAUGGAGCACACCGACCGCAAGGGCAACCCCAAGAUCCUGAAGCAAUGCGCCUUCCCGCUCACUGGCCGCACCUGCGUCAGCCGCAUCAUCACCGAGCUGGCCGUGUUCGACGUAGACUUCACGGAGGGGCUGACACUGAUCGAGCACGCGGAGGGUGUUACCGUCGACGAGAUCAAGGCCAAGACCGAAGCGCCAUUCAAGGUCUCGGCUGACCUCAAGCCUAUGCAGAUCUAGAAUCUAGAUGGGUUUCCUUCUCGGCGGAUAGACAAAACGGUGUCGGGUUUUGGGGGGCGGGGCUAGGUUUCGCAUAGUACGAUGCAUCAUGGGAUUAACUGGGAGUUUUGUUUUCGAUUUGGUUAUGAUA